AUGCCUGUAUACUCUGCUCUGCCGCAACCCCCCUCCCUCGGCCAGUGCGUGCCUGAUAGACCGCACGCCGUCUCAGUCCAUCUGCCCAAAUGGCGAGACGUGGUUGAUUUCUCGGCUGGCGAGUCUCGCGUUCGGACUGUCCAGAAAGGAGGCUAUCCGCGAUCGUUCCUUCACGAGGCCAUUGCCAAAGCUCAAAAUGUUGUCCUCGGCAAGUUUGGCAACGACAAGCAGUCUUGUCUGCUAUUUCCGACACAUACCUACGCUGUUGCGUGCAAAGCCUAUUUGUGCUCUCCUCCCGACGGUUCAGCAGGCUUGGAUGAGCAAGACAUCUCGAUUCAAUCCUUCGGCUUUGAGGUUGAGCACGCGGGCAGGCAGACUUUGCAUGCAAUCUUCUUCCCUGCGGAAAACACCAAAACUGCCAUGAUUUUCUGGCGCCUCACUGGAUGCGGCAUCUCGUCCCGUCUGGCACAGGAUUUGCUUCCAGGACUUGAAUCAGUCUCAGUGGCCAGUGCAGACGACACGCCGCUUCCCAGAGAUGAGAAAGCCGAGACGGUCAUUCAGCAGCGCAUCGCCAGUCUCUUAGAUCGUGCUCCCGCCGGAGGCCCAAGAAAAGCACUGGUCAAGUCUGAAGAUGUCUUCCUGUAUCCAACAGGCAUGUCGGCCAUCUACAACUGCACCAGCGCCCUGGGAAGCUGGCCCGGCUCUCAGAUGGUCGUCUUUGGCUUCCCUUACGAGCUUACCUUGAAGGUGCAAGAGGACUUCUCCAAGUCUUGCACGUUUUAUGGAUUUGGUACGGACGACGAAUUGGAUCAGUUCGAGCACUUGCUCGUCUCCAAAGCAGCGGAGAGCAGCGAGCUACCGGUUCAGGCAGUGUGGUGCGAGUGUGCCUCGAACCCGCUCCUGCGAACUGUGGACUUGGACCGCAUCCGCAAACUCGCCGACAAAUAUGGCUUUGUCGUCGUCGUCGACGACACAAUUGGCAGCUCCGCAAAUGUGGAUGUCCUCGGCGUCGCUGACAUUGUGGCCACAUCGCUGACCAAGACCUUCAGCGGCUACGCCGACGUCAUGGGUGGCAGCAUCGCCAUCAACCCAUGCAGCCCACACUACCAGAAGCUGCGCGGCACGCUCGCCGCCAGCUUCGUGCCGACCCUCUACGGCGCCGAUGCCGUGCAGCUGGAGCUCAACAGCCGGGACUACCUGGAGCGCACCGCCGUCCUCAACCAAAACGCCUCCUACCUCGUCUCCCUCCUGGAGCCGCUCACCAAGCACCACCACGACCGCAGCCCGCUCAACCACGUCUACUACCCCAGCACCUGCUGGUCCACCAAGAACUACGUGGCGCGCAUGCGGCAGCCCACCGACGGCUUCGUCCCGGGAUUUGGCUACCUGCUCACCCUCGAGUUCUGCAGCGUCGAGGCGGCGGGUGCCUUUUUCGACGCCCUGCAGGUCUGCAAGGGCCCCUCCAUUGGCGCGCAGGUGACGCUGGCCCUGCCGUACGUGCAGGUCGUCUUCGCCAAGGAGAAGCCGUGGGCGGCGCGGUACGGGCUGAGCGAGGCCAUUGUGCGCAUCUCGGUCGGGCUGGAGGACCAGAAGGCGCUCGCCAUGGCGUGCUUGGUGGCGAUGCGAGCGGCGGAUGCGGUCGUCAACAGGGAGGACGAUGUCGCUGUCGGCAUGGAUGUAGUUUCUGGUCUCGACUCGGUGCCUCUGGCCCGCCCUACGACACUUGUGCAGCAGAUUUAG